AUGCUCUGUCCGUUAUCGUUUUUCCAAGCAGUGUUUCUGUUCGUUUUCACAGCGAACGGUGUCGUUGUUGCGAUGCUUAGAAAUCAGUUGAACGUAAUCACAUUUCGUACAGUUUUCGCUGCUGCUUACCUUAUACCGUACUACACCUCUUUGACACCGUUGGUGAUGUUAUGGAUUAUUCGGAAAUCAAAGCGAAGGAAUGAGGAACGAUUUGAAGCGAUGAGAAAUGUCGUGAACGAGCGAGAUCUGUAUUUUUCCGAAUGUUCAAAAAUAUGGGAUAAAGUUCAAUCACGGAAAGGAGGAGCCAACCGUAUAAACUCGCCAGUGUUA